AAUUCCCACAACCCACAACAAUAAACAACUCACCCUUCUCCCUCUCUCUCUCUCUCUCUCUCUCUCUCUCAAAAGAUGUCCAAAAUCAUGUGGAAGAAUUUAUGCUUCCCCAAUUUCAUCAAAUGCCUACCCACAAUCCAAGCUCCACCUGAUCAACCCUCUAACCAAAACUCACCACCCCUUCCCUCCACCACCACCACAUGUACAUCUCUCCUCAUCAAAAACUACAACACCCUCUAUGACUUCAACUUGAUCAACUCCUCCUCCUCCAAGUCCCUCACACCCUCCUCCUCCUCCUCCUCCGCCGACGAAGUCCACACUUCCUCCUCUGAUUCAGACUCCGACCUCUCUCCUCCCGAUUUCGCCACCAUCUUCGCCUCCCAACGCUUCUUCUUUUCCUCUCCGGGCCGCUCCAACUCCAUCACCGAGUCUCCACACACAACCACCACCAAACCCAACAAGCCUCAUCACAAAACAACGUUGGUCACCAAAGGCGUGCGCGUUCGCAAGUUCUCCUCAAACCCUUACUUGGACUUCAGGCGCUCCAUGGAGGAAAUGCUUGAAGCUAAUAGAGAUCAUCACAUGUUGGUGGGCCAUGAUCAUCAUCAUCAUAGCACAAGUGAUGACGUGGAGUAUCUACAUGAGCUGCUUUUGUGCUACCUCUCACUCAAUCCCAAACAUGCCCACAAGGACAUUAUCAGCGCCUUCACUGACCUUGUCAUCUGCGUGCUGUCUGCUAACUCGUCAGGGACAGCUUUAGCCGCCGAUGACCCGUGA